UGGAGAUUUCUGAAGGGCGGGACAGGAAAGGGGAUCUAGAGGGGAAAAGCCCGAGAGAAGCCGACUGAGGGGAUGGUUCGGGGCCCGGAGAGAAGGCUGAACCGAGACGUUCCGAAGGGGGAGGGGCCGAAAGUUAUUUGUCCGCUCUGGCCGUUCCUCUUCCCUCCUCUCCUCGGGGCUUGGUGUGAGCUCACACCUGAUCGGGAGCCCAAGUCCCACCCGGGAGCCGCCUCCCCCUCCCCCCCGGGCUGGGAAUGGGCAACGUGCAGUCUGAGCCACCCGGCUCAGAGCCCGGCAAGGCCCGUGCCUCGCGGAUAGAGCCGGCCUCGGACCGCCCUGCCAACGCCAGCCGCCGCGGUCCCCUGGCCGAGGCAGAGUCUUCGCCAGCGCCCCCCAGCCCCAGGCCCCCUACUCUGCCCUUGGCUCGCGGUCCAGGAGUUUGGUUCCCCGGGGACCCCACCGCACCGGGGUUUUUGGUGCCCCCUGAGGGUGCCGCCGGGGCCCUACCUUCCCCGCCUCAGCCUGCUCCGCUGGCCCUCGCACCGCUCGACCUGCAGCCGCCCGCCGGACCCCCGCCAGAGGAGGCUCCUCCGACGGCGGCGGGAACUGCAGGGCCGCUGCUCCCUACGCCCCCGAAGUGGCGAAAGCCGCCGGGGACACCUAUUCCCCGGAUCCGGGGCCUGCUAGAGGCGCGCCACCGAGGACAGGGCGACCCACCUGGCCUUCGCCUGCCGCCCCCACCCCCGCCUCCUCCCCUACUCACUCUACGGCCCCCAGCGGACGAGCCAGAGCCUUCCGUGGGUCUAGCCCUGCCGCCCCCGCCCCCGCCCCCAUCCCCUCCCCCAGAACCUCAGAAACCGCCUCCCGAACGAGAGGCACCCUCAGGCCGGAGAAGCGCCCCUCCUGGGGGCUCCCCCCGAGGCGGCGCGGGUGAAGGCAGGUCGCGUCAGACUGGCAGCCCUGGGAGGGAGGGUCUAGCGGCUGGAGGCGGUGAAGGAGAACCCCCGCCAGAGGCUGAGCCGGGCCUCAGCCUGCUGUGCAAAGUGACCUUGCAGUCCGGCUCCCUUCUGGCCGCCGGGGCCGCCGCGCCUCCCAAGCCCCCGGCUUGCGGGGGCGGUCUGCUCUUCUCCUCGGGAGCCAUCUCUUAUGCCGAGGCCCUAAAGCAGGGCUCCCCGGGGCCUGGGUCCCCUAGGGCCCCAGGAGAGAUUAUGCGGGGUACCUUGGAGACAGAGGGUGGGGAAGGAGACGGAGAGGGGCCAGCUGGGUCCCCCCGGCUGUGCCCCCCAGCCCCACCUCCUCUGCCAGCACCCCGGGCACCACCCCCACCUUACGCCCCCUUCCCAGGAGCUAAGCCCAAGUUCGAUUGGGUAACCCCGCCUGAAGGACCCGAUCGCCACUUUCAGUUCAACGGGGCUAGUGGUGGUAGCGGCAGCGGCGGCAGUGGUGUGGGGGGAGCUAGGCGGCGGGGAUCCGGGCUGGCUACCCCUCGGGGGGCGCCGCCUCCGCCACCACCACCUCUACCUGCGCCCGGGCCUCGCAGGCCGGGCCCAGCGCUCCUGGCACCCCCAGUCUUCAUCUUCCCAUCUCCCUCCCCGGUCGACGCGGAGACCCGGACCCCAGCUGUCCAGGUUUCCCCAGAGCCGCAAGAAGCGCCCCAGCUGUCGCCGCCACCGCCACCACCGCCACCGCCACCGCCGCCACCGCCACCGCCGCCUCCGCCUCUGCCACUGCCACCAGCUCCCCCGGCGUCUGUUUUGUCUGAAGCACCUCCCGCCCUGGUACCCGAGCCGACUCCGGCCGUGCAGUCUCCCCAGGCUGCAGGACCUCCUUCGCCGGCCCCUGCCAAGCCUCGGACCAAGAAGAACAAGGGUCCGAGGAACGGGCGGGGCGGCACUGCGCGGGAGGAGGGCGCCAGCGGCGAGGGUCCCCGAGACCGAGCUGCGGCGACGGGCCAGGGCCAGCCCGCUGAGAGUGGCGGCCCCCCUCCAGCUCGCCACUGGCCACCCUUCCAGGUGCUCAGCUCCUGCCCCUGCAAGUGCUACUGUCGCCACCAGCCCAGGCACCGCCGGCUGCCCCGCAACGUCUCAGCCUGGCUGAGCACUCCCACCAAUCACCUGAGCGAGCCCCCAUGGGUGGCCACAGUUAAGCUGGCUGGCUCCUUAGUGGCAGGGUUGGACCACUACGACCUGCAAGCAGCUGAGGCAGACUGAUGGGGGAGAAGAGAGGCUACUGGACCAUCUCCUGUCCCUCCAAUAAAAGACCUAGUCUCCCCC